CGACGAUCGAUCGUCCUAUGAAAUAUAGGAGGAAAACCCUACGCGGUGCCCAUGCGAUUGACCCUUCGCACUACUAUUAACGCGGUUCCGCGGGUUUCGCCGAUGAUGGCAGGGACUCUCCGCAUGAUCUCCUGGGACGAACCCACAGAAGGGAAGCCAUCAACUGAUGAUGCGGAAAGCAGUGACGAAGAUGAUCCAGAGAUCUUGAAAUUGCCCGGACAUCAGGAACUCAUCGCGCAAGAAUUCACGAUCCCGGUAGCGCAGCUGGCGGAUGAUCUCCCUCUCGACAUCCUCUCGCAAGACGACGAGCACCCGAUUCCUCAUGUGCUUUCUCGCACAUUGAUGCCGUAUCUCCAGUGGUCGGCUUGUGUGGAGGGAGCCGCCGAGCCAUCCCGCUGUCGCAGCAGGAGUAUUUGGAUCCCCAGACGGUUCGCGAUCCUGCCUUCUUCAGGCAUCCAACGGCGAAGCAGCUUGCUGCCAUUCGAGAGGAGGAAGAGGAGGAAGAAAGCACUGAGAGUGACGAAGGAGAAGACGAGCGGGAAGAAAGUGGGGAAAACGACGAAGUACUCGGGGAAGAGGACGAAACCCUCGAAGAAGGAAGCUAUAGUGAGCAUAGCGAGGGAGAGCAGAGCGAAGAAGAAGAAGAGGACGACGAAGGAGAAGAGGAGAACGAAGAAGGAUCUGCGGAAUCGGAGUGGGGAGCUGUGCCGGAAGAAGCGCUACGCACGGGCACGGAGGCUGAAGAUCCGGAGGCGGCCCGCAAAAGAGAAGAAACCGCGGUCACGAAGAGGAAGCUAGAGUUUGCGAGCGGGGCAAGCCUGCACGUCUACGACGACCCAAACCGAGAUCCGGAGCCGCCCCGACCAGAAC